GCACUUUUCUGAAACACCUCGGAGCAGAAGGUGAAAUUACCGCAGCUCCACCAGUGUUUAAAGUAUCUCCGAGGUGCUCAUUAUCAGCUCUGGUUGUUCCCUCGCUUCAGUCUUUGAUGAUAUGUCGUGGAGACGGGAAACGAAUGUCAUGUAUGUCAGCAGCAGACAGAUUCCUCCUCAGACUGUGAGUCAUCAGCUUGGUGACAGAAAUAUCUGAUUCAGUGUGGAAAUAAACACUCAUUAAUGUCUCUCCUGCUCGCUAUCAGCACACAGAGGUCACGGCACCAGCGUAGUAUCAUUAGCUAGUAAAAUCUCUCACAUUAUAGUAAUGCUGAUGUAAGAGAAAUUUGGUUAUUACAGAUUUGCGUUAGGGAAAAUCUCUGUUUUAACAUCGUGUUGAACUUUGAGUAUUAAACAAUUAUUUAUCAUGUUCCAACAUCCAAAGUUCUGUGUAGACAAAUUGUAUAACACCGUUUUUUUCCUCUCACCUCUUUAUUCCACUUGAAUGCUAGCUUGUCAGUAUGCUAAUCUGUUUACUGUUUCUUUUUUUUUUUUUUAGCUGUUAUAUUUAGAUUUAUUAUUUAUUUAUUUAUUUAUUUUUGCUGGUGUCCAUCCCUCAGUGAGCUGCGCUAGCUUCGCUAACACGCCACACAAUGUCCUCAUGCAGUGUUACACAAAGUGUGGUUCAGUUGUCUCAGGAAUAUUAAUGUGACACUCGCACGUCUCCUGACAAACCGAGACGUUACAUAAUAAGACAACAGGCAACGUUUAUUCAUUUAGCGAGUUAGUUUUCAAUCAGACGCGUUCGCUAGCAGGUUGUUAUUGUGUGUCACAGAAAUGUCUUUGUGUGUUGUUACCGUGUCUUAAUUAUGAAUUGUGUAUUUGUAGGAGGUUCUUAAAGAAAAACAAGAAACCUGAUUUUUCUGUAAGAAAUGAAAUAUUUGAGGUGUUUUGGCUCCAUCACACAUGAGCUAGGAAAAGCAUGUGUGCUGUAGAGCUUUUGUCUGGUCCUGUAACACACGAGCUUUAUAUCAGUUGUGUUUGUCAUCUGUUUCUCCCAAUGCUUCAUGGGUUAAAUUAGGAGAAAGUACAACUACAGGUCAGUAAACUUCCUUCUUCAUCUCAUCAGUCUGUGUCCAAAGUGCUCUUUCUCUUAUCUGCAGAAUUUUUACCAAAAUUUUAAUACAAACAUAAUGUGGAAAAGAAAUCUGAAAUGUUAGGACAAAAAAAAGGAAAAAUAAAAAGAAUUUGCAAAAAAAAAAAAAAGUGUUUUUUCAGAAUUUCAGAUUUUUUUUCUGAGGUAAAUGCAUGUGGCUCUUUAUCGUUUUGUUCAUUUUUUUUUCAAGAUUUCUACAGCGGACGUCUCCAGACAAGGUGUUUGCCCUUAAUAUUAAAAUAACAAACUUCACUUAGCAAAUUAAGAGAAUUGAAUUUAAACAUUUUUUUGUGUGUUUUGAAAGCAAAAAUUCACAUGGGGGCUAAUAUUUUUGACCACCCCAUUUUCACUAUAUUUGAUAUAAAGCAAGCCUAAAAAUUUAUUUUAUAUUCCAGACUGUACCAAAAGCUACUAAAUAGUGAAUGUUUGAUUAUAACAAGUUUUAUCACAAACAUUGGAAAGAUCUUUAAUAAAAAUGUUCUGGGGGGGCUAAUAGUUUUGGCCUCGACUGUAAUUGUUGUCUUGCUUGUAAUAUUGAAUUAAAUCAAGUAAAAUCAAGUACUAUGAAGUAAAAAUAGUAUAGAAUUGAGGUGAAAUUUCUAUUUCUACUGUUUUAUUUCCGUACACUUGAGUCAUGAUGAGUUUAAGUUACAAAGUUUUGUCUUGUUUGGAAAUAACAGAUCAUUUUAUUUCUUUAAUAAAUAAAAACUUUAGCUACCGACUUUAUAAGAAAUUUAAUCUCGCGGACAAAGACGAGCGAAUGAGAAAUUUAUUUAGAUUUAUUUUGUUAAAUGUUCUCAGCAGUUUUUUCUAGUGUAAAAGUUUGGCUCAGACGUUUCGCGUGUCGUCCUGCAGCUUCUCUCCUGUUCACUGUGUUGUGUGUUAAUGUGCAGAUCGGUGUGUUGUAGGGAAGGAGACUGGUGGCUAGCGAGCUCUUUGACCACGGGGAAAAGCGGCUACAUCCCGAGCAACUACGUGGCACCGUCCGACUCCAUCCAAGCUGAAGAGUGGUUCUUUGGUAAAAUAACACGGCGUGAUUCGGAGCGUCUGCUGCUGAACAUCCAGAACAGGAGAGGAACCUUCCUGGUGAGGGAAAGUGAGACGACUAAAGGAGCGUACUGUCUCUCUGUGCUGGACUACGACAACACCAAGGGUCUCAACGUCAAGCACUACAAAAUCCGCAAGCUGGACAGCGGAGGCUUUUACAUCACGUCCCGGACGCAGUUCAGCAACCUGCAGCAGCUCGUCCUACACUAUCGCACCCAUGCAGAUGGAUUGUGUCACGUCCUGACGGACAUCUGCCCCAUGCUGAAGCCACAGACUCAGGGACUAGCGAGAGAUGCCUGGGAAAUUCCACGCGAGUCUCUGCGCCUCGACCUUAAACUGGGUCAGGGCUGCUUUGGGGAAGUGUGGAUGGGUACGUGGAACGGCACCACGAGAGUGGCGAUAAAGACGCUGAAGCCGGGCACCAUGUCCCCUGAGGCCUUCCUGGAGGAGGCUCAGGUCAUGAAGAAACUGCGGCAUGAGAAACUGGUGCAGCUUUACGCCGUAGUCUCUGAGGAGCCCAUCUACAUCGUUACAGAGUACAUGAGCCAAGGAAGUCUGCUAGAUUUCCUCAAAGGCGAGAAAGGAAAAUAUUUACGCCUCCCUCAGCUGGUGGAUAUGGCGUCUCAGAUCGCUGCCGGCAUGGCCUACGUGGAGAGGAUGAAUUACGUACAUAGAGAUUUACGAGCCGCGAACAUCCUAGUUGGAGACAGUCUGGUGUGUAAAGUGGCAGAUUUUGGCCUGGCGAGACUCAUCGAGGAUAACGAGUACACCGCCAGACAGGGUGCGAAGUUCCCCAUCAAGUGGACGGCUCCCGAGGCCGCGCUGUACGGACGCUUCACCAUCAAAUCGGACGUCUGGUCUUUCGGCGUUUUACUGACCGAGUUGGCCACCAAAGGACGAGUUCCGUAUCCAGGUAUGGUGAACAGGGAGGUGCUGGACCAGGUGGAACGAGGAUAUCGGAUGCCGUGUCCGACGGAAUGCCCGGCCUCCAUGCACGAGCUCAUGCUGAACUGCUGGCGUAGAGAACCAGAGGAACGGCCGACGUUUGAGUAUCUGCAGGGUUUCCUGGAGGACUAUUUUACCUCCACUGAGCCGCAGUACCAACCAGGAGAAAACCUCUAGGGCUUCCUGCACUAGCUCUGGGAGAGCGGACGCUGCUGGUAUGUUCUUCCUCACAAACGUGUGUCUGUGAUGAAAGAAGUGGAGUUUACAGCCCAGGUGACACUCUAUUGGCUACGAAUACGAGGAAUGCAUGCUUUAAAAAAAAAGUCUGAGCAACACGGCGGAUGAACAGCAACAGCAACGCCACGACGGUACGAACAAACGCCGCUCUAGACUUCGCUAAAUCCCAAUUUCGUCCAGUUGCACGUUUUCCCAUCCAGCAGAAUACUGCCGCACGCCGCUAGGUGUCAACCAGCCUUUCUUCCUUUUUUUUUUUGUCUAUUUUGUUUCCUCUCAUCUUCUCAUGCGAGAGCAGAAAGAUAGAGCGUUGAUUAGCACAUUGUUAUCUGUUGGAUAUUUUAUGGUACUCUUUAAUCAAAGGGCUGCUAUUGAACUCUCAUCAUUAUAAUGAACAGAUUCUCCAGACUGUAAGUCACUCAGACGUAUAAAACUCAUCCCUUUAAAUAAAACGUGUUUAAACGUCGCUUUACUCCCAGUCGCAUUAAUAGUAACAGCUAUUUUUAUUUAUUGAACAUGUAGAGAUUAAAACCAUGCAGACAUUCAUUAUGUUCCUGUCUUUAAAGAUCUCCAACAUUUGGUUCUCAUCUAUCACUAAUUUAUCGCAUCGCUUUAGUUUCGUCGUAAUAAUUUAGUUUGUUGGUUCAGAGUUUACUCCAGUCCACUAUUUCUGAGUCACUUAUUUAUUUAAUUUUAUUGGAUAUGGAAUAUAGGAAAUAUGGGAUGAACUAAUAUAAGACAAGGAGAAAUGUUUGUUAAAUUAGAAGACACUUGUGCAAUUUAUUUUAUUUUAGUUCUAUAAACUCAGUUGAUCUGAUACAGUGAGGAAGAUGAUACAGUGAGGAAGAUGAUACAGUGAGGAUGAUGAUAUGGUGUUUAAUAUCCUUCCUCCUCUAGAUCGUAUCGCAGAGCUAGUGACGGAUUAUGUGUUUUAAACAAUAACGCUAAUGGAACUCAAUUCAGAUGUUUACAUAAACUUGUGCCAUUGCGUUUUACUUGGGAAUCAUGAUUCGUUUGAAGAUUCAACUCUUUAAACGAAUCAGUUUUAUUUUGUUUUGUGUGGUUUAUCAGCCGGGACGGCGUCUGUAAAUAUUGUGCCAUAUGAGACCAUGUGCUACGAUACGAUUAAAACUUUAUAAACCAGAUGUUCAAAUCAACCAAUAACCAACGAUUCACUUCGGUAUGAUUCAGAGUUGGUUCAGUGUGAUUCAGUAUUGUGUAGUAAACGGUUUUAUUUGUUUUGUUUUUUUCUAAAACGGGAGACCACGGCCUCUUUUUAAUAGGAUAAACAGGUAUAGAUGCCACACCCCAUUUCAAUAGCUCUUCUGUGUAUACAGGCCACGCCCCCUUUGUGUCUCUUGGGUGUGCAGAGGCCACGCCUCCUUCGAUAACUCUUGGGAGGUAGAGAGGCCACACCUACAAGCAGUGCCAAAGAAUUGGACAUGCAGUAGAAACAGAACCACACGUGAUGUCUGAUUUAUCCACCACAGAGGUUUUACUAAAGAGUCUCCGUGAAUCAUUUAGACUGAAUCUGUGCCGCUGUGAAGCUCUGAUUCACCAGUUAGAGUCUUUACGGCUUUAACGUUUAUCUGAUUAUGAGACGAGCAGCAAGUUCACAAUAUCAGCAACAUGCAGCUUUCAGUGUACAGAGCAGGUCUGAGCUGAUUAACAUUCAUAUGAAUCGUUUUCAACUCAUUCAGGAAUCGUUUGUGAAUCAUUUUCUAAAGAACAGCAUUGAAGAUUCGUCACCUUCCUGUAAUCCAGGUCAGAUAAUUGGCAUCAGGAGCAUUUACAGGAUGUUUACUGCGUCAGAGCGAAAGGGUCUGAAAGUGUUUUCGCUCUCUAUCGGAGCUCAGAGAUAAAAGCAGCUCAGCUCCUCAGAUCAACAUCCAACGUUUUUAAAUCAUGUGUUCAGGAAAAUCACGACUCAGAGGUCGUGACGAGUCCUGAAUCAUCUGGAUUAUAAACAAAGGAACAUCGGGUCCUUCAUAUAGUUUAGGUAAUAAAACUGCUUUCUCUCUCUCUCUCACACACACACACACACACACACACACACACACACACACACAUACACACACGCGCACACACAUAUACACACACACGCACACACACACACGCACACACACACACGUACACUGAAAAACCAGCUCAAGAAAUCUGAGCGAAUAACUGAAUCUGCGUAGUCUUCUUAACAGAACGCAGAGUCUUAAAGAUUUCGGCUUUUGAACAAUUUUUGUGCAAAAUUUCUUUGGAAAGAAAAUUAAUUAUCAUUAAUAAUUCAAAUGUUUCAGUAAAAACAUUUUUAAGUAUGACAUCAUGCUCGUUAUUCUGUGUCUCGAGGCUAAAAUAUCAUCUGUAAUUUCCGGAUCAUUUUCUAGUGAAAUGUUUCUCAGUAACUAGAUAAAUAAUAAACAGAGUUGUGGCGACUUUGUGUUCCUUUUUUAUUCAUUUUUAUUUUUCAGUUUGUGAAAAGUGUGGCACGGUGUCUUAUUGGUUAGCACGUUCGCCUCACACCUCCAGGGUUGGGGGUUCGAUUCCCGCCUCCACCUUGUGUGUGUGGAGUUUGCAUGUUCUCCCCGUGCCUCGGGGGUUUCCUCCGGGUACUCCGGUUUCCUCCCCCGGUCCAAAGACAUACAUGGUAGGUUGAUUGGCAUCUCUGGAAAAUUGUCCCUAGUGUGUGAUUGUGUGAGUGAAUGAGUGUGUGUGUGUGUGUGCCCUGUGAUGGGUUGGCACGCCGUCCAGGGUGUAUCCUGCCUUGAUGCCCGAUGACGCCUGAGAUAGGCACAGGCUCCCCGUGACCCGAGGUAGUUCGGAUAAGCGGUAGAAAAUGAGUGAGUGAGUGUUUGUGAAAAUGAUUAAACACUGAAAACAUUCUGUAAAAAAUGGAAAAGUUUGAGUACAAUGUUAAAGCAGAACGUGUGAUAAACACAGAUGUAGAGAUUUAAACACAAGUCAUUUCAGUGCAUUGUGUCAGUAAAUCGCUCUCGCUGGAACAUUUAAUGUAAGACUGAGAUGAUGACGAUGAUAAAGAGGGGGAGGAAGAUGAGGAUGACGUAGAAGCUGAAGUCAGUGAUGUGUUCCUCUGAGUUCUGUUUGUGUUCCACAGUUUUGUUUGUCAUUUAUUUGUUCUGCACCAAAACCUUUGCUGUUCUUCCUGCUACUGAGUCGAACCACUGAGCGACUUUUAUUUCCUCUUUAAAUUAAAACCCUGUAACGUUCGUGCUGAAGCCAUAAACACUCGGACUGCUGUUUUUGUACCUAAAAUCGUUUUUAAUCGGAUUUCUGAGCAGUUUAUCUGUUAGAUAUUUUGCGAGCGGUGGAAAGUGUUUGGAUUACGAUCAGGUGUUUUUACUUUAUUUGAAUGUUUGAUUUGCAAAAAUUUGUUUUUGUUUCUGUUUCAUAAAAUUUUUUAUAUGCAAAAUCUAAACGGUGGGAGGUUUGAUAUUUAAAAUAAAAACUCUAGUUUUAGGGCCGUGCAUGUUGUCCAUGUUACUAAUAACUCUGUACAGUUACUCUGUAAAUAUGAUCAUCAUCUAAUCCUGUAAUCUGAAACGGAUCGAGUGACACGAUGUGAAAUGAUUUCUGUAAAACCUUUUUAUUUUGUGCUGUUGUUUCCUCUCCGUUCACGUCCGUGACUCCGAUCACCACGUUUUAAUCCAGUCAGCUUUUUAUUCUGUUUUUUUAUGAUUUAUUCAGUACCAAGUUCACUCCAGAUCACUUGCUAGUAAAUAAAUAAAUAAAUAAAAAUUUCUGAAGCUCAGAAAUUAGUUUCCACACGUUCUGUACUUUUAGAUGUCGAGAUCAGAAUCAGAAAUUUGAUUAAAUUGAUGUAGAAAAGUUAACUUUUCUAUGUUAGUAAAUUUGUACAUUUAAAUUUGGUUUACAAAAGUUUUUCCUGCUGAAUUUUCAUAAUAAUAAUAAUAAUAAUAAUAAAUAUUUAAUCUGCAGUUUGUAGUAACUCCUUUUUUUUUUUUACCCAAAUGAUAUCAAACUGUUUAAAUUCUUUCUAAAUCCUCUAAAUAAUUCUGUUUUUUAAACAUUUCCUUUUUUAAUUUAAUCCGCAGACAGUCACAAGGUAAAGAUUUUACUUCUAAUGAGACUUUUUCUUUCAGCCGAAGGACAGAAUUCCUGCCGUUUCUCUGUUACUUUACAGUUCAGUUGGAAAUUUUUUAAUUUGAAUUUCAAAUGAUUGAUUAAAAAAAAACAAAAAUAACAAUUUGUCUUAACGCAAAUGAAUAAUUUGUUCCUCUGUCUUUCCAAAAUAGUCGAAUAAACUGACAGAUGGAUUAAUGACACUGCAGUGACAUCAGAAACAAAACAGACGACUUAUUAAACAAUGAUCACACCGAGACGAAUCAGAUUAUUACACAACGUAUCUCAGGGACUCGUGUGUUUGGACUUUUAUUAUUAUUAUUAUUAUUAUUAUUAUUAUUAUGUUUGUCACUCAGUAUAUUAAUGUUGCAUGUCAUGAAUCUCAUCUUUAUUUAAACACAAAAAGGUCCAACAGAAUCUUUUACACAAGAAUAAAUGAUAGUAACUUUCCCCCCGGAGGAGAAAUAAAACCUUUUCUCUCUUCUUUCAGUCUCUUGUUGCAGUAACGAGCUGUUCUGAGAUCAGAUUUAGGCAGGAAGGUCGAUCCGAGCGUUUCUCGAAGCCUAUGCAGAUACACGGCAGGCCGGAGCUCUUUUUUUAUAAUCAAGCUGUAAUUCAAUUUUAAAAAAGAGGAGAGGAAAAAAAACGGUUUUGUAUUUUUUUUUUUUGUGUACAAACUUGUUGAAAAUGGAUUUUGUUUCAUUGUAUGCUGUCAUUACCAUUGGAUGUGCAAUAAAUGAGUUUAAAGGAGUUUAUAA